AUUGAUGAUUAGUGGCAUUUAAAAUGAGUGUCGAAAUAAAUAUAACUAACGGUUUUCCACCUGAUAUUAUAACGCAAUUUAAAGAAGCGUUUGCAUUUUUUGAUAAACAUCAAACAGGCGAAAUUUCGACUUCCCAGUUAGGAACUAUAAUGAGAGCAUUGGGACAAAACCCCACAGAAAAAGAGUUAAAGAAGAUCACUGCAGAAGUUGAUAAACAAGAAUUCGGCACAAUAAGUUUUGAUACAUUUAUUAACAUGAUGAAAUGCAAGCUUUGCACUACGAAUAUGGUAGAAGAACUACGAGAAUCCUUCCAAGUUUUAGAUAGAAAAAGUACUGGUGUUAUUAGUAUCUUUGAUUUACGUGAUAUCUUGACUAGCACCGGUGAUAAAUUUGACGAUGAUGAAAUUGAAGAAAUGAUGAAGGACGUUGUGUUAAAUGACAACGAUGAAGUUGUAUACGAUGAAUAUAUUAAUACUUUAGCUUCCAAAUAAAUUUUUUUUGAAAGUAUUAAGUAUUUAAUAAACCUUAA